CCGUACAUGUCGGUGUUUCAUGACUUGUUUCAUAAGAAACAAUGUAAAAGCUGCCUUUAUUUAAUGUUAUAUUAUCUUAAAGCUAUUUAAGCAUUUGCAAUAUUUAUUAAAUAGCCCGCUUAAUACUUUUACUUAUUGUAUCGUAUUUAAGAUGAUAUUGAACCAAAGAUUUAAAUUUGUUUAAUGUAAACAAACUUCAUCUUAAUUCUACACAAAGCAAGGUGAAAAGUUCAUACCGCUUUAAAAUGCAGAGUGCUGAUUUCCUGAUUCAUAUAACUUAAGUACUGUCUAUAAACCUUGCACUAAUGUAAACGUUUUACACAGCAUUUCGAAAGAGGAAAUUGGACUGAAUAUUUUUUCUGACUGUUACUUUAUUGUGCAUUUCUGUUGGUAACAAUGCAACUUGGAUUGUUCACGAUAUGUUACAAUUUAUUGAAAUAUUAAUAAAAUAUUCACCUUGUUUAUACGGUCAAUUUGAAGAUAAAGAUGCAAAUAUAUUUAUUUUAUUCAUUAUUAUUUGGAUUUACUUACUUUAAUCGAAAAUGUGACUCGAUUACCACAGAUUUGUCAGGACAUGUUUGCAGACAAAGUGGCUCAGAACUUAUUUGUAAUGUCAUACCAAGUGAUAGUGAUAUUCCAGACGGGGUGAAGUCAGUUCACCUUAUUAAUCUAUAUGUGCCUGGAAAAAUCAUAAGAAAAGGAACGUUUUCAUCGGAUAAAUGGGGGAAAAUAAAGGAAUUAGAAAUUUCUGCAGAUAGAAGGUGGACUGAAAACCAUGACACUGUGCAAACAUUCGAUUCCUUGUGUUUUGAUGGAUUGAAGAGCCUUGAAAAAUUGCACAUAAGUAUAUCAACUUCUGUUGAGUUUACACCAGAGACACUAAGAGGACUGCCUAAUUUAAAACUUCUGGAUUUGGCAGGUUGUCGCCGAUUUUUUAUCGAUAACCUAAUAACUGCUUUGAAUGACGCUUACGCUGUACCUAACUUACAAAGUCUUAAUAUAUCACUCUUAAAUAGCUUCCGUAAUGGGAACAGGCUCACUGACAAUUUUUUCAAACUUAUUUCAAACAAAAAGUUAAAAGAACUUGAUAUCAGCUCAAUGCAAAUAUUAUUAAUGAAUAUAACAUCAUUUGAAGAAAACUGUGCGACAUUGGAAUAUGUCAACAUAUCAAAAAUUAUGUUAAGCGAUUAUACACGUGACAAUGUAGCCCGAUAUUGUCCUAAUCUGAAAUAUAUGGAUGCAAGUUACAUAACAUUACCAACAACGGCUUUCCCAGAUCGCGGUCCUACGACAAAGAUUUUUUACAACAGAUCCAUACCGGUUGACUUUAACUGGACACCUUUAAGACUAUUAUCAAACAUUGAACAAAUAAAUUUAUCGGGAUUAACACCAAAACAGACUAGAAUCUUAAUCAAAAACGUUUCAGUGCAUAUAUUUGAAAUAAGUAGAUUCAGUCUUAGACGACUAGUGUUAAGAGAUAACAAUUUAGAAAGACUGGAUAUAAAAGUUUUCUCGCGAAAUUCAAAAUUAGAAUCAAUUGACUUGUCAAGCUGCAAUAUUCGCUAUCUUCGACCAGAGUUACUGUCAAGUUUUACAUUACUGGCACAGAUUGACAUAUCAAACAAUCACCUGAAUAAUAUGAUGAUCGAGGAUGCCGGUAUGUUUAGUAAUCUGUUCCGCAACUUAGCACAGUUAAGUUAUGUUAAUCUGGCUGGCAAUCAUCUUACGUAUUUGCCACGUGAUAUUUUUAAAUAUAAUUCUCAAAUGGAAAUAAUUGAUUUAUCGAAUAAUUUGCUAACGCAAGUGUCAUUUGAUGUAGAAAGACUUAAGAAAGUUAAAACGGUUAAUUUGGCAGGAAAUAUUAUAAAGAUACUGAAUGAUGCUUCGAUGGCUAGACUUAGUAAUUUACUAAAUACAAAUAACAGAACAAAUAAUUCAACGAUGGAGCGUUUGCUAAUUCUGAAUGGAAAUCCAAUCAGUUGUUCAAGUUGUGACUCCCUUUCCUCUAUAAAAUGGCUCGUUCAUUCAGAGUCUGUGGUUAAAGGUUUCUCUGCGCUGGAAUGUCUGGAUGAGAAUGCCGGCAAAGUUGGAAUCGAUGAAAAUGUUAUAGACAAUGUUCAAAUAAUUUGCAACAGGCCAAAAGUGAUAAUAAUGUCAUGUGUUGCUGUUGCUAUUACAAUCGCAAUAGUUAUAAUUUUGGUGUUGGUAAUGCGAUAUCGCCGUCGUCGUCGGCAGUACAAACUGGAAAUGGAAGACCGUGUUGCACUCAUCAGACAAGGUGCAGAAUCACAUCAGUUUGUAGUAUUUCUAUCUUACAGCAGUAAAGAUGACGAUUUUGUUUAUAAGUACGUUUACGACCCUCUGAACGAACACCUUCGAAACAUGGUUGGAGAAAACAGAGAUCUCGUCUGUGAAGGAGACAGGGAUUUUCAACUCGGGCGACCAAUACAUGAUCAAAUUUCCCUUCUAUUGAAAAAGUCGUCUGUUGUUGUAGUACUUCUAACAGACAAUUACAGUCUUAGUGUUCACUGUCGUAAUGAGUUUGACCAAGCAUUUAUGUUAGAAAAGCCGAUAAUAUUGAUGAUAAAGGAUCACGUAGAUACUGCCCUAAUGACACCACUUAUACAAGAUUUGUACGAGAAGAGAACUAGGAUUUUGUGGAUGUGGGAAAAUGGGCAGUACAUACUUAAAACCUCCUGGGAAAAUUUAUGUACAUCUAUAGUUGAACUUGUGGAUAGGACAUAAGUUUUUCUUAUCUCAAGGAGAAACCUCUGCGGCCGAGAAUUAAGGAUCGCUGACUUCGAAUUGCGUGUCCCUCCAAUUAUGCCUAGAAGGGCACUUUAGAUUCCUUCCGCCACCGAGAAGAGGAAACCUUAUAUGACAUGAACACUGUGGGUGUGACUUAACACCCGAAAAAUAAAAAUGCAUGUUUUAUGUAGCUUUUGUCGUUAAAAUGAUAACUAGACAAGCAAGUUUAUGAAGUAUAUUCAUACAGGUUUAAUAAAUGUUUUGAAAAAUAAGAUAUGCAUCAAUCCCGUUUUUCACGUUAUAAUCUAAACUGUGUGUCUUGUACUGGAUAUGUAAGAGGUGCUGCUAUUUUUAUUUUGUCUUGAUAAAUGUUGCAACUUAAAUGUAUAAUAAUUAAAUUGCCAGAAAGAAGCUUUAUCACAGGUUAUGUCAAGCGAUUGUUGUAAGUUAGAGUGAUUAUGUAACAAUAGCAGAAUUCUGGAAGUAUACUUUCCUACAUAUUCAAAUUGAUCGUAAAUCAAAAUAUGUGUUAUUACAAAUUUUCGAUGUUUUCUACACAUUAAUAUUUCAUUUAAAUAGUGUGUGUAUUGCAAACUCCGAUUUGGAUUAGCUUCUAGUAUGAUAUAUUGCAGCUAUAUGUUUUAAAUUUUCAUAUAUAGUGCACGGAGCCGGUAUAUAUAUUUAGGUCCUUUCUCAAUAUGAAUUUCCAGCAUAGAUGUCCUAUCCGUUCUGGGUCCGACGCCCGCUUUACGUGUAGAAUUCUUUCCGGCGAGGAAGCAGUACAGCUGACUUGAAACGUGUAGAUGGUUCUACCCAGGUGUUCUAUAUAGUAUUCAGAGGGGCACCUUGGAUCCUCCUGAAAAAGAUGGAUAGUCGUCAUAUAAUUUCUAGUGGUGUCGGUCUGACGUUAAAUUCAUCAAGACGCAAACAAAAAGAAAUAGACGGACGAAUUUGUGACCUGGACUAACCAAUGGCACGUGACUUAAGUUUGCAUAUUAGAUUACUUGAUAACGCAUUAUAGAAAAUUUAUCAAAAUGAAAAAUAUAUGUAACACUCUGUCCGAUUGGACGAGAGUGUCUAUUUUUUCACUCUGCUGAUUGUGCAACGCUGAGUGAAAUGUCAGACAAAGCGUUUAUCCUUAAUGAAGCUGUUUACAGUUUUAAAGCUUCGUAAUGCUCAGAAUAUUUAGCAAGAAUAUUGGUAUAUCUAAAAUGAUUCGUAAGUUUAAUAAAUAUAGUAAAAAAACGUGUUCAAAUACCAACAGAUGUCAAUUGACAUAGAGAGCUGAAUAUGGUCUGCGUAUCACAUGAAUAAGGGUGUGAUUAGCCGAUUGAUUAAAGUCUUCUAGGUAGAGAAAUGCCUUCUAGACCACUGCUGUAUUCAUUCGCCGUUAAAAUUGCACCCCUACGAAACCUUUGUGAAGAAUUAAAAAAGAACCAUUUAAAUUGUUAGUGUCGUAUUUAGUUUUGCUAUUUGCAAAAUGUUAGAAUGUAGAGACAGACCCUAAAUUUUUCAAUGAUAGAAAUGCAUUAAAUAAAGUCUAGAAAAGUCCUUGAAAUAACCAAACAUUAUUUCACAAAUGUGAAAUUUAUGAUAGUUUUUAUGAUAUCAAUGAUAGAAAUGUUAAUAUCUAAUUUAAAGUUGUGAUCCACAAAUAAUAACAACUCUUGCCAUGGGGUGGUACUUAUAAGCAGAGAUAUCUAGUAGUUAACUUCACUUGCAAUUACAUAAGUGUGUGGAAAAUGAAAACUGUUUAAGACACAAUAAACUUUUUGUUUUAUUACAAUUCGCCGACCGUCCUUUUAAAAGAUAUUUCUUUUUACUAUUGAACUUACAUGUAGAAUAAAUAAGAAAAUAUUCAUAAUCAUGAACAGGUUAUUGUGGUUAGGCUAAUUGUAUUCACAAAAACUUAUGUAAAACAGUGGGCCAAAGCGUAUUAAUUAUUCAAGAUAACGUACAGAAGUUUUAUCGCAUCUUAAUCUUGCUGGAGAACCUUCAAAGGGAAAGUGGACUAACAGAAUGCAUAAAUUGUUAGCUAAUAUUUUGAAGUAGAUAUGUUUUCAUUUAGAGCAGCAAUAAUGUGUAUGACAAAUUUAGGAAGUUCACGUGAAAAAUGGGGUUGAACUUUUUUUUUUAUAGAAGUAAACAUUAAAUGCACAUGAUGAUGUUCACGCAAUAUCCUCGUGAUUUGAUAAUCAAAGUUAAUGCAUUUUGCUUCUCGUCUGAAGUGUCACCGCGGUGUUUCCUCUCUUUCCGGCGCAAUUUGCUCUGUACGUUUUGAUAUAGAUUCCAAAACGAGAUCAGUUUGUCUUAGCAAACAGUAUGAUAAUUACUGUGUGUCAAAGUUACGUUCAAUGUUUACAAUGUUUACGGAUCUCCAGUUUCUACGAAGCAACCGAACCCCUCUUCCUGUCAUGGUAUGUGUUUCGAAAUUGUCAAAAAUAAACUGAUUUUAAAGAAAAUGUUGAUAAACAGAAAAAAACAAUUUGAAAGAAAA